GUUUCUACAUGCACAGUGCCAUCAGGUGCCUACCAUCAUGUAGGCAAGUUUUACGGUUGAUUGGCCUCCACGACGGCUCGAUUUUUAUUUAAAUUUCAGACUGUGCACACUGCAGCCUGCGAGCCCAUUGUACGUUUGAGACCACGGUUCCAGGGUAGGGUUUUGGAGGAGCGUGAUCGUUGUUGAGAGCUGCCCCAUCAUGCUGGACAGUUUUUUUCGCUCGUCCUAAGAUGGCGUCGGAAAAGCCAGCCAUUGCCAUGUCACUGAUGUUAGUGUUCGUGUUACCUGUCCUCCCUGAAGUUAAUGCCACCGGGCAGGUCCAAAAUCUGACGGUCGUCAACGUGGAGGGCACCCCAGGUGCCGUCUUGGUGACCUGGGUGCCUCCGGAGUCCCCGGACAGCCCGGUAGAGUUCUACCGGGUCAGCUACAUGCUGAGGAUCGAGGCGCAGUGCAACACGCUCAACAACCCAAGCCCGGUGGUAGCCGCAGAAUUGGCGACGGGGACGUCGUACACGAUCACCGGACUCCUGCCGUAUUCCAACUACGAGGCGAUUGUGGAGGCGUCGACGGGUACAGGGCUCCAGGGGGAAGCACGGGCUUGGGUUCAGACGCCCGAAGUUGCUCCAACUGAUCCGCCAAGGGGCGUCAGGCUUCUCAAACAUGCUUCAGGAGGAACGUACCUAGCGUUCACCUGGGACGAUAUUGAGUGUUCCAUCGGUACCAUGUCCAGCGCUUUCAGAAGUUACUACUUCGAGUUGAACAGCGUGGACCAACCCAACACAGCACCCAUUACAGGGCAAGCUAUUCGGGGACCGAAGUUGAUCUUCGACCUCUUACCUUUCCACCGUUACGCUUUUAAAGUCGCCAUUCGCUCUCAGGUGGGAGACGGUCCGUUCAGCGAUCCGCUGGUGGUUAGGACAGAAGAAUCUAGCCCAUCUAUACCAGCUGACUUCCAUGCUAACGAAACAAGUGAGACAAGUGUGACCUGUACGUGGGAGGAGCCACGUAACCCCAACGGUGUCAUCACCAACUACACGAUAACGCUUAGGCCCUCCAAUCGGCCAUUCGACCUUUCCUUCGUUCCGCCGCUCUCUGCGACUGAAAUUCGUCACCUCGGACCCAACGUAUUCUCGUCGCGCUUCACCGAUCUUGAGCCCGGUUCUUACUACGAGCUGUCCGCGGCUGCCUGGACUUCUUACGGCGCAGGAACCAUAGAUAUUGUUGAGACUUUCACUUGGCCGAAGAUGGAUAUUCUCGGGCCAUCUCUACCAGUUGUUGAUCCGUAUGCAUCUAAUGAUACAAGUGUUACCAUUUCUCUGGAAGACCCGGAUGAUUACUAUGUGACGUCGUAUCUUGUUGCCGUAGAGAGCGACGCUCCGAGAUCAAAGAGGUCGCCGGUAGAGAUUGACGGGAGAGCUUUCGGGACCUUCAGCAAUAACCCGCACGCCUACAUAGCCGCUGAGAUACCCAAGGGGGAAAACACCGGCAGCGUGGUGGUGGGAGACGGAAAAAUGUACGGCGGCUACCUGAACGUGGCGCUGGUUAAAGGAACACUUUACCGUAUCAGAAUUGGAUCCAAGAGCGCCAUUGAUUGGCGAUCUUCGGUAUUUUGGAGUCCCACACUGAAAGAAACGGCUGGUGCUUACGAUUUCCUUCCCACUGCUCCAAUGAGCUCCACCCCCAGCAAAGGGCACAGCAUCUCUCAGCAAUGGAUGCUGGGAGCUGUACCAUGGGCGGUCUUCCUAUCGAUGUGGCUGUGUUAGUAUUUGUCAGCUUAGGGAUAGAAAAAAAAAGGGUUUAUGUGUUGGCAUAAUGUGCACAAUUUUCCAUAGUUAGUCUAAAGGGAAUGUCUACCGAUUUGUUACUUUUUUGAACUAAUGAUAGUGUAAUAUUUAUAAACAUAUCAGUGUGUAGACUAGAGAAGGUAUGUUAUUUUAUUGUAUUAUACCAAGGGAUGAGUUUUUACAAUGAUUCACAAUUUUUCCCUUUCACGUUCCCUUUUUCUUACCUAAUGAUAAUACAUAAACUGGAUGUAAUUCUUGCAGUAGGGAGUCGGGUUUGGGUGGUCACGUCUGUGUGUACCGCAUGCACACGGUCGUGGGAUCCACAUUCACAUUCUUUGUUUAUAUCUUGUUAACCUUUGACUUGUAAUGCAUUAUUCAUAUGGCACGGGAAGGGACAUAUUUAUGCUUCCCACCAAAUUUAUACGAUUCUUGAUACUAAUCCUUUUCGGUUGGCAUCGGUGUAUUCAUAUCCAUUUAUUAUUGUGCUUUACUGGGGAGUCGAUUCCUUCCAUUUGAACGGAAACGCCGAGUGUACAAUAUGUAAUAAUCGAUUGCACGAGGAUGGUGGCUCUGCCUUUUUUUGGAAAGGACAAAGCUCUUGUUUCUCAAGUAGGCCUACAGCUUCCCCCUCAUUUCGAUGAAAUGUGAGCCUGAAUCAGGUAAAUUGUAAUUUCCAGUGAUUCUCCAAGGGAGUUAGGGGUCAAUAUUUGGCUGUUUGGGCUUAGAUUUAUAAGACCAAAUCAUGGCCUGUGUCAAGAUGAUCAGGGUUAUUUACGGAGCACUGUGCCAUAGCAACUCUGUAAUGCGAUAAAAUUGCUGCGCAGCCAAUUUCACGCUCUGCGUGCCUCCGCUUGCCGUCAUGUUACAGUUUGUUGUGCGUUUUGCUACUGUUAAAUUGCCAUUGUAAAAUAUGCUCUGUGUAAUGAUUAUGCCAUUGCACCGCCGUCGACGAGACUUCGGGAUAUUUCAGUGUUAUUUUUGUAAUUUUCAUUACGCAGUGAACCAGACACUUAUAUUUGUAGCCAACCGCUCCUGUGGUUUGUCCAUUUCAUUCUAAGGGACUCUGACCCACUUUCUGAGGGUAAGAAGUUAUUUUGAUCCAAUUUCCACAUCAUACAUGUAGCUCAAUAUAUUUCCAGGCCUUGGAGUGACAAAGAAGAGGUUUUUUCUGUCAUUCGUGCCAUUUCGUAAUGCACAUUGUACUCUUAGCAGUCAAAUACAUUGUCACUAAUACGGGCGAUUCACAAUAGUGCGCCCCCAAGAGUAUUCAACG